AAAACUUUUUUUUAUCUCUUCUGCUCUCUUCUUCCCAGAAAGUGAUUUGAUAAACGAGGAGAAAAUAUCCGGGAGACUCGGAAAUUGGAAGCCCAUGCUCAGUGAUUGGUAAAACAGUGUAAAGAAAAUGACAGCUCUUCAUCAAAUAAGAAAGAAACUCUCUGAGUCACUCACUUCUUCUUCUUCGAUAUUAAAGUUGUUAUCAUCAUCUUCUUCACUUUAUACUUCUCCAUGGUCUGCCAGUCAAUACCGCGGCGCUAAAGUCACUGCCAUUCAUUUAAGACCUGGCAAUGUCAUUGAGACUAAAGGAAAAGUUUAUCAGGUGCUUGAGGUGGAGCAUAAGCAGCGAGGUAGAGGGGGAGCAUCCAUGCAGGUGGAGCUUCGCAACAUAGACAAUGGAAACAAACAAAGCUUACGGUUUAAUACUGAGGAAGCUGUUGAAAGGGUAUUUGUCCAGGAAAGGUCUUUCACAUUUCUGUAUGAAGAACAGGGAAAGGCAUAUCUAAUGGACCCUGAAAAGUUUGAGCAACUUGAAGUGCCAACAGAGUUGUUUGGCAAUGCUGCACCAUAUCUAAAAGAGGACAUGCAAGUUAAAUUGCAAUUAUAUGAUGAAGCACCUUUGUCUGGAUCAAUUCCUAAACAAGUAACAUGCACUAUAAAGGAGACACAACCACCUAUGAAGGGGCUUACAGCUACACCGCGGUAUAAAAAGGCUCUGCUGGACAAUAAUGUCACUAUUCAAGUACCUGCUUAUCUAGAUACCGGUGAAGAAAUCAUUGUCGAUACUAACGAGCACUCCUUUAUUAGCAGGGCCAAUAAAUAAUGUCAGCCUGCUGCUUCAUUUUUGGUGGGAUAUGGAAGUUGCAAAAUCCUUUUGACAUAUUGGACUAGGCCUAUGAAGUUUACAUAGCAGAACUCAGGUUUCAAAUUAUCAGUGAAUUCUCUGCUUGAGUACUUAUCUUUAGAGGUUGAACUAUUCAUUGCUAUCAGUGCAUAUCUUUUGGUAGAAAUGGAAUAAAAUUAAGCAGACGAACAUGGAGAUUGUAAUUCUCUCCAUUAUCUUAGUUCAAAUUUACCAUGACGAAAUGAGAAAGCUGUUGUUUUCAGCUAUUUAAAUCUAGAAAUGUGUGUGUAGACACUCGGUUUCUGUUUAAUUAGUUAUUCUGCAAGGAACAUAGACAAAUUUAUCUC